AUGGCUACUGGGGUAAUAAUUCUGAUCGUUGUCAUCGUUUUGGUGUGUAUAAUAUGUUUCAUUGGUGGUGUGUGCUUUUACUGUAGAAAGAAAUCAGCCCCGGACGUGUUCACUCCGGAUGUUCCGAUUAUACCAACACCAGUGCCACCAGUUCCAACCGUCCCACAUCCCGAGGAACCAUCACAACCGCUAGUCAAUCCAGCCGAAAGAAACCAGGGAUUGCCAGAAGACCAACAACAUCAAGAAAGACCAGAUGAGAAUCUGCCACCACCCGCUGGAGAAAACAGAAACCUCAAUUCAGUGGGAAGCAGGAAUCCAAAAAAUCAAGUCGAACAGCAACUACCACUACAACAAAAAGGUGACAAUCCGACAGAUCCCACCGUUUCAGCUGAACCGGAGAAAGCAGUUCAACCACUCGCUCAAGCUAUUCCAAAAGAAGUCAAAAAAGAUCAAGUCGCUCCAAUAGUGGCCACUGUCGUUGACCCGUCGGUUCCGUCAACAAGCAAAACUCCGACUGGAGAACAAGAACGGCAAGAAGAGUUGCUUCCAUUGGAUAAAACACAAAGAGGAGGAAUCGAAAAGCUGUCUAAUGAUGAAAAUAUACAACAAGACGAUGAAUUGCCAUUGGAUGACACACAGAUCGGUGAAGAUAAAUUCAGUUUGGUCUUUUUCGUGGCGUCAAGACUCAAAGAUGUUGUGGUUAGUUAUGAGAAAUUUCCGUAUGAUUGGUUGCUCGAUCAUUUAAUUGCUUGUGACAAGAAUGAAAACCAGGGAUUUCUGAUGAACGAGCUGUGGGAAAACCGUGAAUAUAGACGCAUAUUGAAUUAUUGGACGCAUCCAAAUUCAAUGCCAGUCUUGUCAGGUUUUGAUAAUCCUUAUAUCAAUGCGAACUAUUGGAAGUUUGAUAAUAAUAUCGAGUGGAUUGUGUUAGAAGUGAUUUUUACAACCAAUCUCUUGAAACACCUAUUCAUAUUCGUUACUCGCACAGAAAGCCAGUGCGCUCUAAUUGAGCAACAUAGUGUUGGAGUACUCGUGAAUUUAUGUCCAUCUUCUGGAGCUCACAGGUGCUAUUCGACGAAAAAAGGUGGAAAGGUUGUAUCCGGACGGUACACCGUCGAAACAACUGGGAACAAGGCAUUGCCUUUGUGUCUUUUAACACUUCCAGGAUUCACCAUUUAUACUUUAAAAUUGACGAACAGUAAAAACCCGAACUCCAUCCACCUAUUUGAAGUUUUGUCCUACUCGUAUUGGGGGAGACGAAGUGCUCCAAAAAAUCCGGCAGUCGCUCAAGGAAUCAUAAAAUAUUGUGACUUAUCGAACAGAAACAUAAUCCUCCAAUGUUAUGAUGGCUAUGGCCCGGCUGGAACUCUGUUCGCAAUCAAAUAUGGUAUUUACAAGUGUAGAACGACUAAGUACAAUGAUCUGUUGACAUUCCUCAAGGAAGUUCGAUCGAUUCGUUUUGGUGCGAUUCAAACAGUGGCACAGCUCACCUAUGUUAUUCUCACAAUUGCGAAGGUGCUGAUGGAUGAGGAAAACAUUGAAUAUCUAGAAGAGUUUGAUAGAAUGAGAUACCAUCAUAUGUGUAUGCUAGACCGAUCUGAACAUCCAGAUAUCAAACUGAACGGGUGGAAAGAAGUAGAGAGACCACCAAAAACAUUGUCAGAUAUGGAUAGACAGCAUAAAGAUGAAGCCAUACGAGAAUUCUGUCUGGUGUCAAAAAAGAACAUGUUAGCCUCGAAUAAUAUGACAUUGACACAAGAAGAGCUGGAUCAGUUGAGAUCAUUGAGAAGAAACAACACACGAAAAAGAGAAGGAGUAGAAGAGGAUGAGGAUGAGGAAGAGCUAAAGAAAGAAGUUGAUCUAAAGGAGGAAACAAAACAGAAUAAGGAAGCUAAAGGGAAUAAACCGGAAAGUAAGAGUAAGGCUAGUAACGGUAGUAAGAUGAGCAAGAAUCAAAAAGGAAAAAGGAAAAAUAAGGGAAGUAAGAAUAGUAAAAUGAGCAAGGGAACGAGCAAAAGUAUUCAAAAAAGUGCGAGCAAGAGUGGGAGCAAAAAUCAGAAAUCGGCGAAUGCAAAAAGAAGAAGACCUGACAAGAAAUCGAAUUAUGGGAAAAUGGAGAAAGGAAAAGGGAACAUCAAGGUGAAGAAGUGA